UGUUAUACAAACCUCAGCAUAACAAAAAAUAACGAAACUUCAAUAUCUCAACUACUAUAGUAAACAUGGUCAGGAAAGAACAUGUGACUCCAAUAUUAUAGAUAAUUUUAAACUUGGCACACACUCAUUGACAUAUAUUUAUGUUUGCUCAUGUCAAAAUGUUCAGUGUCAUGGUUGGGAAGUUAUGAUAUAACUCCAUCACAGUUACUGUGGAUAUUUAACCAUCAAGAAUGCCCAUUUUGUCUGAUAAAGUUGCUCAGAUUAAAAACUCCGGGGUAACAAAGGUGUCUGCAGGAGACACAGCUGUUUUAACCUGUACCAGUAAUGACUACAAUCACAAUUUUAUGUUUUGGCUUUUUGAUCAGACUAAAGUGAUUGGACCUGGAAAUGAUUAUGACAAAAGUAAAUAUACAUAUGAGGUAUUGUCUGGGAACCUUAAAAUUCAUAGUGUGACCCCAGAUGAAGCUGGAUAUUAUAAAUGUGUCUCAAAAGAUAUCAGUGGAUCAGGAGGGAUUUCUGUGGGGGAAGUGGAUUUGAUAGUUGAUGGUACAACAUAUUCUGCUUCCGAAGCUGUAAAAUUAGUGGCUAUGGUGGUUUCCAUUAUAGUAAUCCUCGCUUGUGCCAUCAUUUAUUUUCGGUUAAAAAAGGAAUGGGGCAAAUAUGAUGGUCGAACUGUUGUACCAGUGGAUGAUACAGAUGAUGGAGAUGAAAUAUACAACAGAACAACCACUGCUAUUAAUCAACCCGUUGCUGGGCCCAGUAGGAACCCUUCAUCAGAGCAACUCCUUUAUGGUAUAGAUAACCAAGGUUUGGAUACAGAUUUCAAUUCUGUAUUUGAAAAUAUACAAAUAAAAUCUCCACAAAGAAGUUUGAUAUAGUUUAAUGAAUUUAACUCAUACCAAAUAACUAAAUGCUAUAUUAUAUAGUGAAAAUUUAUAAAUUCUUAUAAUUCUUCUUAUAGU